AUCCACUCGUCCCAGGAGCUAGCAGCGCAAAACCGAACAACAGCCGAGUUUGCACGAAGAAUCCCGCAAAUCACCGCAACGUUGACUCCAUCUCCCGCACCGGACACGGCCACGCGUGACCGUCGAGAGCCAGAGAAGCCACCGCCCGCCGUGGACACCUCGGAACCGGCGCAGGGAAGAAGAACCAGCAGCUCGUCCAGCAACCCCCGGCAAACAAAGAGGUCCCCAUCUUCAACGACAACAUUUUUCCUCCAUAUUCCAUAGUUAUGAGUCAUGUGGCCAUCGAGAAUGCCCACGGCCUGGAGCAGCAGCUUGCUGUCCUCGACUUGAGUGCUGCAGAUGGACAAAUUGGAGGCAAUAGCAGUAAGAAUCCAAAAUCGAAUGCCUUCGCCGCUGGUCGACAAGGUGUCUACGCCAUGGCGCCUCCAGCCAACUUCGGUUGGGACGGAGGGCGCAACAACUUUGUGAAUGGCUACCAUGACAACCGCAUGGCCGGUAACACAUUUAAUCGGGGCCCGCCUCGCAUGGAGCGGGGAAGAGGCGGCGGAGGCGGUUACCGUGGUAACAGAGGAGGAGCCUUCAACCCCAUCAUCCCAGCACAGCCAAUGGGAUUUAGUGGCUUCGAAAACAAAGAUGCAGGCGGCUGGAACACGGCCAAGGAUGCCUAUAGCAAUUUUGGUAACAACCGAGGGAAGUCUGCAUUCUUCAAUGACAGGGGCAAUGCUAACAGAGGGAGAUUCGAUCAUGGUGGAUUUGGUGGCGGUGGAGGAGGUGGAGCAGGAAACAGCCGCUGGGUGGAGGAGCCCAUGAAUGAAGGGGAUUGGUCCAAACCAACUCCACGCAACGAGCGCCUUGAAAAUGAGCUGUUCGCUGCCAGUAACACAGGCAUCAACUUUGAGAAAUAUGAUGACAUUCCCGUUGAGGCCACAGGGCAGAACUGCCCCCACCACAUUGAUAGUUUCCAAGAUGUGGACAUGGGUGAGAUUAUCAUGAACAACAUCGCUCUGAGUCGUUACACCAGACCGACUCCUGUCCAGAAAUACGCCAUUCCAAUCGUCAAGUCAAAGAGAGAUCUCAUGGCAUGCGCACAGACAGGUUCUGGAAAGACUGCAGCAUUCCUGCUGCCGAUUCUCAGCCAGCUCUACAAUGAGGGACCAGGAGAAGCUUCGAAUGCAGCUAAAACCUCUGGACAGGAGAAUGGGAAGUACGGACGUCGUAAGCAGUACCCAAUGUCUCUGAUACUGGCUCCAACCAGAGAGCUGGCUUUGCAGAUAUAUGAUGAAUCCAGGAAGUUUUCCUACAGGUCCAGAGUGCGUCCCUGUGUUGUGUAUGGAGGAGCAGACAUUGGCCAGCAGAUCAGAGACCUGGAGAGAGGCUGCCACCUACUGGUGGCUACACCAGGAAGACUGGUAGACAUGAUGGAGAGGGGCAAGAUUGGACUCGACUACUGCAACUACUUGGUCCUGGAUGAGGCAGAUCGCAUGUUAGACAUGGGAUUCGAACCCCAGAUCAGGCGUAUUGUGGAGCAGGACACCAUGCCACACAAAGGCUUGCGACAAACCAUGAUGUUCAGUGCUACCUUUCCUAAAGAGAUCCAGAUCCUGGCCAGGGAUUUCCUGGAAGAGUACAUCUUCUUGGCAGUGGGCAGAGUGGGUUCCACCUCAGAGAACAUCACUCAGAAAGUGGUGUGGGUGGAAGAGAGCGAUAAGAGGUCUUUCCUCCUGGACCUGCUCAGUGCUACAGGCAAGGACUCAUUGACUCUGGUUUUUGUGGAGACCAAGAAAGGAGCCGAUGCCUUAGAGGACUUCCUGUAUCGAGAGGGCUACGCCUGCACCAGUAUCCAUGGCGACCGCUCCCAGAGGGACAGAGAAGAGGCCCUGAGCCAGUUCAGAUCAGGAAAAUGCCCCAUUCUGGUUGCCACAGCGGUUGCAGCUCGGGGCCUGGACAUCUCCAACGUGAAGCACGUUAUUAACUUUGAUCUGCCCAGCGACAUAGAGGAGUACGUCCACCGUAUCGGUCGUACAGGAAGAGUCGGAAACCUGGGAUUGGCCACAUCGUUCUUUAAUGAUAAGAACGGGAACAUCACUAAAGACCUGCUGGACAUCCUUGUAGAGGCCAAACAGGAAGUUCCCUCUUGGCUCGAGAGCCUGGCCUAUGAACACCAGCAUAAGAGCACCAACAGAGGACGUUCUAAGAGGUUCGCUGGAGGGUUUGGAGCACGCGAUUAUCGUCAGACGGCCGCUGGAGCAAACGCCGGAGGGUUCGGAGCACGUGGAGGACGCAACCAGCCAGGACAUGGAGCAGGCCGAGGCUUUGGAGGAGCUGGAUUUGGAAACUUCUACGCCAGUGACGGCUACGGCGCCAACUACUCGCACCCUCAAGUUGACUGGUGGGGCAACUAGGUUCCUCCUCUCUCCUCCAUCCCUUCUCCUUCACUCAUUCUUCUUUCUUCUUUUCACUCAUCAUCCUCCCUCGUUUCCCCCACACUGUCGUCUGCACUCCGUCUGUCUACAUCCCCUCCAUAAACCCCAAGAAUCCAUGUGCAUGUUAUUGGACUAUUUAUACUCGUUUAUAUAGCCCCCCCCUUCCAUCUCUAUGCGCUUAAAUCUUUUAAUUCCUCUUCUAUCCAUCUCCACCUUCGUCGUUACAGAUUUCGUUUGUUUUUUUGAUUUCUUAGUUCCCGAUGACUCGCCUCUUACAAUUGGCCACAGUUAAAAAGGAUUCUUCAAUUUUAGCGGGUAAUUUUUUUUUUAAGCACUAGCCACAGGUUUACUUCAAGCUAGCAGCAUCCUUUGUUUUCAGUAAGGACAUUUUAAAGUAUUUUCCCUCUGUGACACGUCUGAAGAGAAAUACCAGUUAUAAAGUUUUACGUGUUCUUUUAUAUGAUACACACAAGAUUGACAGCGUGUGGACUUCUCCAUGACAGUUGUAGAAGACAGAGGGAUAAUCAUUUAUUUCAGUUUAAGAUUUUAGGUUUGGCUUCAUUACUUUUGUCCAUAUUCACCCAAAGCCAGCUUCCUGUGUCCCUCCACACGCCAUCUUUGUAUGUAACGCAUGGCCAUGUUGUAAAUCACCGGCCAGGAACUUUUCUAAAACAUAGCGCGGAGAAAGGUGAGGCUGAGGUGUACUUCACUUACAUCACAGAUUCUUAAAAAGGGGUAAAGAAACCGCAAAAAAUUGUUUUUUGUCACCUUUUUAAAACAUUCGUUUCAAGAGAAUAAUGAGACUGAGGAGACGAGGAGCUGGGACGCUUCCAGUGGUUGUUAAUAUCACAAUGACAAAUAGCAUUUCUUUGUUUGAAGCAAAACAUAAUGGAGAAUCAUUUGUUUCUGUACUGUGCCUUUCAGCAGUUGAACUUUUGUCCCUUGUUUCCAUUGUUUUUAUUGCCAUUAUGCGUUACUGGCCACAAGUAUCGGCCAACUGUGACUGAAAAAAAAAAGUGUGUUCUAUGUCAUGUAUGGGUUCAGUCAUGUUUUCUUUAUUUCUAUUUGGAAGGAAACAAACUAGGCUUGAACUAAAUCAAACCUUGGCAAAAAAAACAAAAACUAAAUAAAAACUGUGGUGAGGAACCUCAACACUGUUCCUUAUCUGUCUAUUGAAGUUCAAAUUCAUCUGGAGGUCUCUGAUGAGCUGAUUCCCAACUGCGUAUCACCACUGUCGCCACAGCUCUGUAUUUUUUCAACACCCUCUUCCAGAGCCACGAAAUUGGAUUAAACAAAACAUUAAAUUUGGCUUUAAAAAGAGACAACAGCAGUGGUUUUAUGCCUUUGGGAAACAAAGUCUGACUCAUUGACCUGUAUGUCACAUCUAUAGCUCUGGUUUGAGCUCGAGUUUGAGUUUCUCAAAACCAUGUUGUCACUUAUUGUUGGGUCACUUGAUGCUCAACAGGGAGUCACUGAGAGGGAGUUUGGUUCUGCUGUGCAGCAGCAGAUGAGUCGUGUUGCAUCGUCUUUACCUUCAAAUAUAUGGUUCUAAAAAAAUGUUAUAUUAGAUUAGACCUGUUUUUAGCAUCGAGAAUCUUUUGGCGAUAAAAAGCAAAGCAAAUCAAAAAAGAUUUGAGUCUCUUGUACCACAUCUUACAGUGAUGCCAAACCAACAAUUUGACUAAAACCACAAUAUGGCUGCUGCUGAAAACAACAGUUCCAUUACUUCAUCAGUGACUCUGGAUGUUCAUCUGACUCUUAGUGCCACCAUGCUCUUGGGAAACUGGCUCCGCUUCCACCACAAACAUUGAAAAACCCUUGUUUGCCAAAAAGCUUCUUUCAAGGGGAAACACAACUAAAAAAACGGCUAUAAUAGUUAAAAAAUAUUCUUGCUCACUCUAUCCUGGAGAGUUACAUGAAGAGUCUUCUCUAAAAUAAGUAAUUCCAGUUUAUUUGUUAGGUCUUACAGAUCUGUUGAGGUCGGGUUUAAAAGUAGAGAAUCUGUAGCUUAAUCUGUUUCACAGCAGGGAGAUGCUGGGGCUUCUGGGAGAUAUAACCACACGUCUGUAGCACAUUUUAGUCAUUGUGUCGUCAUGUCUUACUGUGCUGUAUUCCACCCAUGUCCUAUCAGCUGUAGAUUGCAGGUGAUUCCCUUAUUGAGUUUUUCGAACGAAGUCAAAUUAUUCACAGCAAUCAUGUUAAGAUAUCAGCCGACAAAGACAGACCCAAAAUUUCCGACGCACAUCUGAGUCAAAUCAUGUUCUUCGUAACCAACCGCUGCACCCGUCACUUUCUCUGUAAGCUGCACACCAGCAGCAUGUUGGCAUUAGCCGCCGCUGAGUUCAUUCCAGCUACCGUGACGUAACUGCUGCUUCCUUCCUGUGCGUCUAGAUUAUUGUGAAAUGAUGCAACACUGCUGGUGGGUGCUGCACCGACAAAUCUUUUAAUCACCCAGCUGUUGCCUAGGAUGAAUAAUUAUACCACUUUGGGAGCUUCUGGUGUAGACGGCGGAUUUCCGGGCCAAGACUCAGACUUCCGUUCGCUGUACACUGUUGACCGUCCAAUUAGUUUCUUUGUAUCAUACAAAGUGCGAUGUGUAAUGUCCAACAAAAUUUUGGGCUUGUCUCUAGUAACAGCUAUCUGCAUCUGAGUGCAAAUACAUUUAAAAAACGGUAGUUGAAGCGUUUGUAGCUCUCCACACAAAAUCGUGUCCCGCAUAUUUACAUGCAGAGUCUGUCUAUAGAGAUUACGCUUUUACCAGCACUGUCCCACGUUAUUCCAAAGAAUCCUUGCGUCUGCAUAGCACAGUAAGAUAUAGGACGGAUAAAGUGUGCUAAUGGACAAGUGGCAUAAAAUAACUGAAGAUUUAAGAACCUUGAUAUAAUUGAUGCUUAAUCCCUGGUUAGCCCCACUUUGCUCUGCCAUGGAACCAGGCUACAAGUAGCAGUUGACCUGCACCCAUGAUGUCCGUGUUGGGUCCCAGUUUGAACAUAUAAGAGAACCUCCACUGUCAUUUGAAUGAUUCAGUGGUAGAAGCCCAAUCCCCCACUGUGUCUUAUCAGCAGCAGAAUAUGCCAAAAUGCACUGUUGCUACCUGGUGGGGACAUUUAUUAUUUCUUAUCAGGGUAUUAAUUUGUUUUGUUUACAUCGAUAAUCUUAGUGAAAUAAAGAAAAUCUAGGUUGUGUGUAUAUAGUUAGGCUCUUUAAAAUAUAAUGAGAAGAAUCUCCACUGAAAAAGAAUGUGAAUUAAAAGUGAAACACUUGAUGUGUAGAAGAUUAUCUUUGAUCACUCGACAUUGGACCACGCAGUGUCUAACAAACUGAGCCCAGUGGGCAAUUUGAACCAGCUCAGCAGAUUUAUUCUUUACAGUUUUGUACAAACACGAUCAGAUUCCCUCAAAUUGCCCACUGGCUUUGACACAGGACAAGGCUGGACCAAGGCAACAAAACAUGCAAGUGUUGUUUUUUGGUCAAGGAGUUAAAAAUGCCAAACCAAUGAUUACAAUUCUACAGCAGGCUUUAGUUAUUAUUUUUUUCCCGUCUGUUUUUAUUUUAUUUUUUACACUUGUCAUGCUCGGGUCAGUCGUUGACACCGUGUCCCUCGAGUACAAGUUGAUAAGGAGGUUCAGCGAAGUAGUUGGCGCGAUUCGAGAAGAGUUUGAGGCUGAGUUGAUGCCAGAGGACUGAGCAGACAGCGGAUCACAUGCUAAACCUUUUUUGUGUCGAUUUUCCAAAAAGCUUCUAUUUGUGGCAGGAGAGUCAGUUGUAGCAGUCGAGGGAAGACGCAACACACUCGACCACGUCGACCUCCUGAAUGAGCUGAGAACUGAAAAUGAGUUUGCGUUUUUUCUUUCAGUUGCUGUUUAACUGUUACUGUAGCGCAUCGUUCUCUCUGUUGUUCUAGAAUCGGCUUAACUACAAUGAAGCACUGGUUAAAUCGGUGUUGACCAGAACUGUGUUGGAGGUGUCCCAAAAAAAUUAUUUCAGCACAUGAUAAACGAUUCAAAACACUUCUCCUGCAGCAAUGGUGGAUAGUCUCCGUCUGCGAUUUCUUACAGCAACUGUUCAAUGAAGGAAGAAGAAUAAGAAUUGGCAGCAGUGAGAUAGAAAUUAGUGGACAAUAUGUUGAAGAUAGUAUUGCAGAUGACAAUCACUAAUGAAGGAUUUGCUUAGUUUAGAAUUCACUUUACACGUGGACAGAUGUCUUUAAGUUGCACUUUUUCUUGGACACCGGGAAACGUAGAGACUGAAACUCCUUACGCAGUUGAUGAUACACAAUAUUAAUUGUGUUACGUUUCCCAUAAGCGUCUCAAAAUCCCCUCAUUGUUGAUGUUUUUGAGCUUUUUUUGGAGUAGGGACAUUUGGACGCUUUCAGGCACUGGUUACAUAUCAGUGUCUACCUUUUUAAAUAUUGGCUGAAUACGACGAGUUUAACAGUUGCAAUCUGACACUGUUACAUAGUCCCUGUUUCGAGGGGGAAAUUGUCAGCAUUUGUUACUUGAAACCGUGUCUUUUUGUGCAGUUCAAUAAAAAUUCCACGUAUGUUUAAAAUACCUUCAAGAAGGAAAUGGUGUCAGAGUUAAAAGUUGGAGAAAGAAUCUGGUUCCGUGUAGACAUUGCCGUGCCUUCUAACAGCCACUAGGGGGCAGAUAGACUAACUGUGGAAUAAUGGCGUGAUUACAGGCUGCAGGGGAGUGACUGGGCAUUUCACAUGCGGUGAUUCCGAUGCUAGGACUUUAUGAUUUAAGGCAGGGUCUGAGCAAGUUGUUGACUGCUGGUAGUGUAGAUAGGAAUUUUUAACUUUGGCGAUUUACAGCAGGGAAUUGUUGGAACUUGAGUUUACCUCACUCUUCAUCUUGUGUACAGAGCAAACUCGUCACGUCGUAGUGUUCGGAGCACGCACAUAAAUAUGCAAUGUAUCCAGGUCCUUUUUUUUCUAGGAAGAUGGACUAUAAUCGAUCAGCUGUAGUUACCUUUGAACUGUGUUGGAGCAACACUUAAACUACCACUGUGCCCCAAACCCCACCACCCAUUUCAUCUAAACACCCCUCCCCACCCCACCGAAGCUCUGGGCCUCUACAGGAAGUGCAAUAGAGAUACAGCUACUCGUGGUUUGCUUUCACUUUGCCGUCGCCAAGAUUUUUUUCCCCAGGCUGUUUCCCCGUUUGUGCUCCGUUUGGAUUCAAAGCACAAACUGGAACGAGUGGUAUCGGCUCAUAUUCUGAGGCGAUGUGCACGGUGCAUUGAAAAGACUGGAGCAAGUGGGUUAGGGCCGGGGUUCUUUGAUACAGUAGUGACCUCACCGUGCAUGGAAGUCACCCCAGGAUGUCACUCAGCACAAGUGCUGAGCAUUCACGGGGUUUAAUCACAAUUAAAACACGACAUUAUACAUUGUCCCGGUUGUUGUGCAAGUCAAUGUUUCCAACAGAUUUAGAAAACUUUCAGAAAGAUGAGUAAAGGCCAAGAGAAAUACAAUUUAGUUGCCGUGUUGUGUUCCAUUUUGGAUUCCUCUCACUUCUGUUGUUUGCUCUUUAGCCACAGAAGUAGCAGAGCUCAGUGGACGGAAGUUAGUUCAUCCAACACUGUUUUCCAGACAGAUUUGUCUCUUUUUUGCUAAUGAAUCCUAAUGAUCCCUGUAUCAGUUUUGUUAAUUCAAGGCAAGAAGUGCUCAGUUUUUUCCCUCUGAAAGAAAACAUAGUAUUUUUUAAAUCCAGCACUUUAUUUUUAUGGUUUUUGAAUAUUUUUCAAAACCUUUUUUGAUGCCUUAAAUUCAAAGCUGAUACCCAGCCCUAAUGGAGCAGAUCGGGAAGUUGGUUACACUUGUAUAGAGCAUUAUCACGGCAACAGAUACACCGACACUGUCACCAUGGCACGAUGCAUCGCUGCGGUAACUUAAAUUGCCAGCAGGAGUAUUUUGAUGGUCAGUGACCAAUUACUGGUGCUAUGUCCCAUUGCUGCGGCCUGCAGGCCCCUCUGUUGUAGAAUAUCUUCAAACCCCGAUAGGUUUUACAAAAUAUACUUUAGUUUGUUACUUUAGUCCUCUGUAGCACACGUCCUUCAAAACCUCCGAGGGGUAUGUAUGCGUGAGUGAGUGUGAAAUAGGAGAGGUUUCUCAACAAUACAGUGUGUAUGUGUGCGUGCUUGUGUGUGCAUGAGUGUGUCGUAUGGAAAGGUUCUUCCACAUAUGAAACAGUUCUUUUGGUUUUUCGUUAGGUUUUUUUCGGGACCAGGUGGAGUUCUAGUUAACAGCAACCGUGGGAUUCAGCUGUUCGCGCGCAGUUCUCGAGUCUACUUUCGCUGCUAGUUUGUGUAAUUUAUCAAGCAUUUCUGAGAAAUAUUUAUUUUUAUAAGCCUAAUACAAAAGUUGAUAUUUUACAAAGUGACUUGACCAAAAGACAGUAAACAAAAACACUGGCACUUGAAUGUUGAAUGUCAUUGGUAUGAGUGAAAAUUUCUAUUUUUCUGGGGUAGUGUGAGCUUUUUAAUGUUAAAGAUGCAACGUGCAGGGAUUUCUCUUUGGAUAUGUCACUGUUACAAGCUUUCUUAUACAAAUCUAGGUCCAAAAGCAACAAUACUGUCACUGGUGCCAAAAGGCUGAACAUCCCAAUACAAGAGUUCUCUAAUACAGGCCGAUACAAAGGUUUUUACACCAUGUGCACAUCUUUCUUUAUUUUAAUUAUAUUUUACAUAGUCCCUACAGCCCAAUGGAAUUUAAAACCACAUUUAAAUUCACAAGAUGUAGAUUUGAUUUGAGAAAAUGCAUCGGUAACCUCUUCCUCUUCUUUCUCCUUUACAAUACGUGAAGAUGUGCACGUGGUGUGGCACGAGCUGAAGCACUGGCCCUUAUUGUGACAGUGAUGCAUCAAGAGAAACGUCCUACACGAGUUACCUUUAAAGUCACAUUGGACUCAGUAUCAGAUCCAUAAAACCUGUUUGUGCGACAGGUUCCAUUGCCAAUAAUGAUAAUCAUCCAUAAACAGCCAUUUUUUAAUUGGCAAACAAAAUUUGAGACAAUACCACCAUGUAUGCCAAGGUUUGGAUAAAAAAUAAAAUUAAACUUACGAUCAAAGACCAUUUUGUAAAAAAAAAAUGUAAUUUAAAAAAAACAUUCAGUACAAAAAACAAGUGUCCAGAUUCUCUCCAAGUCGGUUGUUUUUUUUCUUUUCAUUUGAGUCUUUACACUUUUCCUUCCCGUUAAAAAAACCCUUUGUGGUGAAUGUCUGGCAAGUGGCGACCUUCAAAGUCUUCAUAACACAGAAUUAACUGUGGUUCUAUUGCUAUGUUGUUGUGAUUUGCAUAUUUUCAGGCGUCAGUGUGUGAACUGUGUCACUGGGGAGAUUCUGGCCAUUCAGAAAUGAGGAUCCACUCUGGGGUCCUUUUUUCUUUUGCAACAUGCGGCUGAUCCGUCGUGCAUGGGAAUCUUAACGUAGCUUGUAUUUCUGCUGAAGAUCCACUUAGCAGAGAUACUCUGUAGUUUCUCUGACUGCAGCAACACUGGACCAGAAUUCAUUGCAGCCAAAGUGAAGCUGCGAUCAAGGAAAGAUCAACCGCUGGUGAAUAAUCACAUUUUAUAGCGUUUUCUGUGCACAAACUCCGAUAUUUGUGCGAGUAAUGUUAAGGCUCUUCUGCCGUUAUAACAAACGGCAGUCUGGGAAACCCGGUACACACGAACACUCUGCGGCUUUAUUUCAUUUUCAGUUUGAUUAUCUUUAGAAAGUGAUCCGACGUUUAAUAAAGGAUAGUGUGUAGACUUAUUUAGGAAUGGUUUCCGCUUAGACACUGAAAUGAAAUGGAGCCCGGUGUUGUGGCCAUUACUGGCUGGCCAGAAGUCCCCUCCCCAGUGUGAACACGCCCCAGCACCAGCCUGGUAGUUAGCAUUUGCUUUAUGUAUUAGUUUUAGCAGUUGUGCACGAAGAGGAGCACUGCACGAAGAAAAGAAAACUGUGCAUCUGUUCUGAUUUUACCACAAAUAAAGGUUUGGAUUUGCAAAUGUUA